UAGUAUCAUCUAUACAUGCAUCGUGCCUUAUUAUCAUUAUUUAUAACGACUAAUAUUGUCGUCUAAAGUAAUAAAGUGUGUAUUUUAUUGAGAGAAAAAUAGUAUGGCUUAUACUCCUGGUUUUCUUACGCACUGGCCGUGGGAGCCUCUUGGCAACUUCAAGUAUAUAUUAGUGGCACCAGGUGUGAUUCACAGCAUAUACUUGUAUGUAGUAAAAUCAGAGGAUAGAAGCCUCUUUUACCUUAUCAUCUUCCCAUUUAUGCUGUGGAGGAUGCUUCACAAUCAGAUAUGGAUCAGUUUGUCACGUUAUCGAACAGCUAAAGGCAAGAACCUUAUUAUCGAUAGGAGCCUCGACUUUGAACAAGUAGACAGGGAAAGAAAUUGGGAUGACCAAAUUCUGCUAAAUUGGAUCAUAUUUUACGUAGUAUUUUGGACUUGGGAUGCGGUAAAGCAACCUCCUUUCUGGAGAAUGGAUGGCCUAAUUCAAAUGUUCUUACUUCAUACUGGUCCUGUGGAAUUCCUCUACUACUGGCUACACCGAGCAUUGCACCAUCACUUCCUCUACUCGCGCUACCACUCCCAUCACCAUUCCUCCGUAGUGACUGAGCCCAUUACAUCGGUCAUUCAUCCCUUUGCUGAGCACGUAGCAUACUUCACUCUUUUUUCCAUACCAUUGCUAACGGCAUCAUUCACUCGAACUCACUCGAUGGUUGCCGCGGGUGUCUAUAUAACUUACAUCGAUGUCAUGAACAACUUGGGUCAUUGCAACUUCGAGAUCAUUCCUAAAUCGGUGUUUACCAUAUUUCCUCCUCUCAAAUAUCUCAUGUACACUCCCUCGUAUCACUCUUUGCAUCACACCCAUUUCAAGACGAAUUACUCUCUUUUUAUGCCGUUCUAUGACUACCUCUACGGAACAAUGGACGAGUCCACGGAUUCUGUUUACGAAACGUCUCUAAAUAAGCCGGAAGAUGUUCCUAAUGUUGUCCACCUUACACACCUAACAACACUGCAGUCAGUUUACCAAUUAGGGCUAGGAUUUGCCUCCGUUGCAUCAAGGCCACUUAACUCAAAUUGGUACUUGUGGCUCAUGUGGCCUGUCACAUUGUGGUCCUUAUUCGUCACAUGGGUCCAUGGCCGGACAUUUAUCGUUGAAAGGAACACCUUCAAAGAGCUCAAAUCACAGUCUUGGGCUGUACCGCGGUACAAAAAACAAUAUCAAUUACAAUGGCAACGAGAAGCAAUAAACAAUUUGAUUGAAGAAGCCAUACUAGAAGCCGAUAAUAAGGGAAUCAAAGUAGUGAGCCUUGGACUCUUAAACCAGGGAGAGUUCUUAAAUAAAAACGGAGAACUAUACUUGGAAAGGCACCCUAAGCUUAAAGUGAAAGUGGUAGACGGUAGCAGCUUGGCUGUCGCGGUGGUGCUUAAUAGCAUCCCUAAGGGAACUUCCAAGGUUCUCUUUAGAGGUAGCCUCUCUAAGGUUGCUUAUUACAUUGUAUCCGCGCUAUGUGACAAGGGCAUCAAGGUAGCCACCUUAAGGAAGGAUGAACAUGAGAUGCUUAAGGCGAAAUUUGAUCUACUGAAUGAAGAUAGCACCAAUUUGAUCUUUUCAUCAUCAAAGAGUUGCAAAAACUAUAAGGUAUGGUUAGUUGGAGGAGAUUUGACGAAAAAUGAGCAAUCUAUGGCAUCGAAAGGAACACUAUUUAUUCCUUUCUCGCAAUUUCCACCCAACAAAACUAGGAAAGAUUGUUUCUAUUUGACUGCUCCGGCUUUGUUGGCUCCCAAAUCUUUUGGUAACUUGCAUUCUUGUGAGAAUUGGUUGCCAAGAAGGGUGAUGAGUGCAUCGCGAGUAGCCGGAAUAGUACAUGGUUUAGAAGGGUGGAACGCUAGCGAAUGUGGUGAUAAAAUUUUCGACCUAGACAAAGUUUGGGAAGCAUCCCUUCGACAUGGAUUUCGACCUUUUCUAAGUUGUAAUUAGUUAGAUAAGCUCGUACAAUGUUAAACGGUUCUUCAUUCGUUUUGGUUGCAACGUUUUUCUUUUUUUGGAAAGUUUUAAAAUACCACAGUACUCGUAUGUAUUUGCAACAUUACUUUAUUUGUUUAAUCGGUCUCUCUAUUUCUCUUCUCA